AUUGUUUGUAAAAUCUAUGAUAUGGAGGCACACUCUCCAGUUAUAGCAAAGAAGCUAUGGAAUGUGUUGAGGAUCACCUUCUUCAUGAUCAGGAAAGGUUUGGUGUCAAAGAGGAAGCUUAUUAUGGACAUGAAUUUGAUGAUGAAGAAAGGGAAAUUGCUUAGAAAAUCUGUGAGCAAUUUCAUGUCAGCUCAUCAUCAUCACAAUUCAAAGAGUUUGGCACGUGGUGGCUAUGGCAUACAGGAAUAUGAAUUCUCUUGUAGUAACAGUCCAAAUCCUGUUUUUUACCACAUGCCAAAGCGAAAGCACCAUUUCAACUUCCCUUGCAUGAACUCUCCUGAGGUUAUUGAAGAGGAAGAAGAGCCUAGGCCAGUGGUUUUGGUUCCUAUGACACCUGAAUACACCUUCAACCUUAGGUUUGAUGCUUCUGAUUUUGCUUCUGGAGAGAGAAAGAGCCCUCUCCUCUCACCCUUCUCUGUGAGGAUAUCCAAUUACUCAUCUGAGGAUGAAAUUGAAGAGAGUGGAAAUGGUCAAGUUGAUGAUCAAGCUGAGGAUUUCAUCAGAAGGUUCUAUGAACAGCUAAGAAUGCAAAGCCGCAUGCAGUUGCUGCAGUACCAAGAGAUGAUGUAAUUGUAUAGAAAGGCACAACUAUAUGCUCUUCAAUUCAACAUGUGACAAGAAGUUCUUUCUAAUCCAUUCCUGGGAAGGAAAAUUUUGUUUUGGAACUCUUUCAACAUUUUUCCCAGGGAAAUUGUAUGUGGUCCAUGCACUGUAUUUGAUUGAUUUCAACUUGAUGUAAAGUUUUUGAGCAUUGGAUAUAUUUCCACUUCGUAAUUCUAUUGAUUUUCAUAAUAUAUAAUUCAAUCUUUUUGUUUGCCUAGUAACGGAUAUGUGGUAUAUUCAUAUUGUGUUUUGUAAUAAAAGGAUAUGAAGAUGUUGGCUUGUACCUUUCCCCAUUUUGUUUUG